CUUCUCCCGCCGCCAGCUACCCUCCCGCCCGGCUCCCGCGGCCGAGAGCGGGAGAAAGUCCUGCGGGUGGGCGGCCGCGGGGCUGCGAGCGUCCGGCAUCCCGGGGCCGCUCCGGCCCGGGCGGCGAGGGGGCCCGGCGGUCCAUGCAUCCGCCGCCGCCCGCCGCUGCCGCGAUGGAUUUCAGUCAGAACAGCCUGUUCGGCUACAUGGAGGACCUGCAGGAGCUCACCAUCAUCGAGAGGCCGGUCCGCCGGAGCCUCAAGACGCCAGAAGAAAUAGAAAGAUUGACAGUUGAUGAAGACCUCAGUGAUAUUGAAAGGGCUGUUUAUCUGCUCAGUGCUGGCCAAGAUAUCCAAGGAACAAGUGUGAUUGCAAAUCUUCCAUUUUUGAUGCGACAGAAUCCUGCUGAGACCCUUCGGAGAGUCUUGCCGAAAGUUAGAUGUCUUCCAAGGUCCAUGAGGAUGCACACUUAUUUACCCAGAGAGUAUGGAUCUCUAUGUUUGUCCAGAGGGUGUGACUCUGUGGAGGAGAACACUUACUGCGGACAGUCCCAGAUGUUGAAGUCAGCACAACAAGAGAAAAAGCCAAAUCCUGAUAAGACUUGAGGAUUUUUCGAAAAUUAAAUGCAGAAUAGUUGGGGUGUUGCUGCGGGAGUCAAGACUAAGUAAUGCAGUAAGAAGAUAUGAAGUUGGAGAGCUUCUCAUGUUCUUCUUUUGCAUAAAGUUUGCAUACAUACAAAACCCGAGACUCUAAUGACUUUCAGAGGGGGCAGAAUUACAUCUCUUGGAACUUAAAACCGCAGACUCCUGUGACCUGGAAUGUACACUGGCCCACACAAUAUAGUUCAAUUUUUCCCUGCAAAAUACAUUCUGUUUCUAAAUAAAAGCUGUGUGUUCUGAAACCUGUAAGUGAUGUAUCCUGGCCACAUCAGAUCUUUUAAUUAAGAAUGUUUCCCAAAUCCAAGAUGCUUAGUGUGGAACAAAUGUUAGUUCUGGAAACAGUAAAACAGGGAGAUAUGGGAGGACUGAUUUCGUAGACCAGUUGCUGCUUUGCUUUAUGCCUAUCAUUCCUUCUCUUUUUCUUUCAGCCAAGAACUCUUAAGAUAUGUAAUUGGCGAUUGGUUGAAAAACCUUGUGAAAUAACAUUUGUGUGUGUGAUACAAAAGUCUGAAUGUGUAGUAGGUUUUCUGGGAAUUAACCAUGCCGCUUAAACAUUUGCCACAGUAAAGCCACUGCCAGAUCUCCCACACUACUGCAUGUAAGGCCUGGGGUUGAUUUAAGCCAUGCCUUAAAUGACGACUGGAAGUGCAGAAUCCAUGAGGAAGAAUUUCAGUACUUAGCUUUGGCAUCAGGCAGACAAGGGUUAAGUCUUAAGAGUUGCCAAACACUAGCUCGCUGGACUUCAGCAGCACAUGGACAACCCCGAGUCUGUUUCUUCUACUAUAAAAUGCCUUGCUAUCUCCCAGAAUGAUGACUGGCCGUGGUCCCACCAUACGAAUCGAGAAGUCUGAGUACUUGGUGUGCAUCAUGGUUGUAGAGAUGCUGGUGGAGAGAAUGGCAGGAAUGUCUCCUUACUGAUGUGAUAGAGAGAGGAUUGAGAAUGCAUUUGUAUGUGAUCCUUUUUUGCUUUGCUUGUGUCUAAUUCUACCAAUCCCUAAUCUUUAGGACUCACCUCCAAAUCUCUUGAAGCCACCUUUUAGGAGAUGUGGAAAAUGUAUGUGAAGGGAGAGAGCAUCAAGAGCAGAAAGUUUAGGUCAAAGGGUAAGAGACACUCAGUCAUCUGGCAGUUACUUACUGGGUGCCUGCUGUGUGCUAGGAGGUGGGGUGCAGCUGUGAGCACAACAGCCAGAAACUCUUGCAGUCCUGAAGCUCACGUUUAGGGUGGGAGAUGGACCAUAAGCACAUGAGCAUGUUGGAUAGCGGAGAUAAUACACCUAUAAUAUGAAGGAGAUGGUGAGAGCUGGAGUGGGGAGGUGGCUUUCAGUAUAAAAUUGGGUCAUUGCGGAGGAGGUCCUUGGAAAGGUGAUACUUGAAUAGAGGCUUGGGAGAGAUCAGGGAGCCAAUUAUGUGGAAAUCUGGGAAAAGUAGGAAGUGGGAACAGAUCUGGGAAGUCAUUGCAAGGGCUGACUUUUAUUUUGAGUGUGAUGGAAAGCCCCUGGAGAGUGUUGAGCUGAAAAGUGCCAUGAUCUGACUUUUUUUUGUUGUUGUUAAGAAUUUCUCUGGCUACUGUACAGGGACUAGACAGUAGAGGGUCAGUGAUGGCAGCAGGGACUAGUUAACAGGUUACUGGGAUAAUCCAGGCUGGAGGUGAUGGUGGCUUGGAUCAGGGUGGUAGUGGUGGAGAUAGCAAGUGGUCAGAUUGGAUCAGGAUUGGUUGGCCAUCAGUGGUGAGUGAGGGACUGAGAGGAGCUAAGGACUGGCCCCAGAGUUUUUGCGCUGGCAACCAGAAGGGCAGGGCUGUCUUUCACUGUUUACCAAGCUGAAGACUGGAGGAGGAGCAAGUUUUGGGGAGAGAUCAGUUUAGGUGUGGACAAGAUGAGAAUCCUAUUAGAUAGCCUCGUAGAGGAGACCGGUGGGUGGCCAGUGGUCAUUAUUUAAAUGCCCAUUUGCACAAAUUGCUAUGUCUUUAAAGCUCUGCUUAAAUGAUUUAAAUCUCUGAGAAGAUGGUACUACUCACAUUUUAUAGAUUAGGAAGUAAUACAGAGAUUAAUUUUCUUAAGGUCACAGAUAUGAAACUGUGU